CCUCCAUAUCUCAAUACGCUCCUUCAAUCUGCGGUUGCAAUUACAAUUUUCCUGGUCAAUUCCUCGAACCCUAGCCUUCUUUACGGUUUCCAAUGGCUCCCAAAGCUGAGAAAAAACCUGCUGAGAAGAAGCCAGCGGAGGAGAAGAAGUCCACGGUGGCCGAAAAGGCUCCACCGGCAGAGAAGAAGCCUAAGGCCGGGAAGAAGCUUCCCAAGGAGGGUGCUGCUGCUGCCGGCGAUAAGAAGAAGAAGAGGAACAAGAAGAGCAUCGAGACCUACAAGAUCUACAUCUUUAAGGUGCUGAAACAAGUCCACCCCGACAUUGGGAUCUCCAGCAAAGCUAUGGGAAUCAUGAACAGUUUUAUCAAUGAUAUCUUUGAGAAACUUGCUCAGGAGGCCUCUAGACUCGCUCGAUACAACAAGAAGCCUACAAUUACUUCCAGGGAGAUUCAAACCGCAGUGAGACUUGUUUUGCCGGGAGAGUUGGCCAAACAUGCUGUUUCUGAAGGAACAAAGGCCGUGACUAAAUUUACUAGCUCUUGAAAGAGUCUAGGAUGAUUUCAAGGGUAUCCAUUAGGUUUAAGUCUAGAUUUGUAGCUUGCAGGUUUUUAUUUAUUGUUGAUGCUAUAUAUUUGACGGGUUUGGAUCUAUAUGCCCCUUCGAUGCGCUGUAGAAUUUGUGGUAUAGAACCGUUUACUGUUGGUAUUGCAGCUGUAAGGUAUAUGGAUUACUGAUUCUAAUCAAAGAAGCUUCUCUGCACAA